AUGAGUGAUUUCGGUGGAUUAGGGAUCGUACUAGAAGAGAAUGAAGAACAGAGGCGACAUACCAGUACUAUAUCUAAAAGCCAACAACAACAACAACAACAACUCACUGAGCUACUGCAACCAGAGGAUGAUCUACACCACACUGACCAUCACAGUUCACAACCACACUUACCAUUGAGUGUGCGAUCACCUCUGCAACAAUCAUUACAACAACAACCAAGGUUCACCACUGUGUCAAGACAAUCAAGUACUACUAGUCUAUCUAAUGUUUCUCACAGAUCUUCAACUCACACUUUUCCUACAAAGACAAACAUGUCCUUACAAUCACCACAGCCUACAUUGUCAAUAAAUACUUCAACACCAGGAACACCUGUAAUUAAUACACCAGCAGUAAAUGCAGGAAUUUUGCCACCACCUUCUCCAGCUCAAUUACAGAAACUCCAUCAACUGCAACAGCAACAACAACAGCAACAACAGCAACAGCUGCUGCAAGCCAGUCCUUCAGAUACCACAGAAAUUCUUUUGCCUCCACUUCCAGAUGCUGUUGAAGAUUUAAAAUCACCCUUGAGCACUACCCAACAUACUAUUUCUACAAAUGGUAACGAUGAUCAACAUUCAGCAUUGUCACUGACAUUUGCCAACAAUAAUAACCAAAGUAACAACAACAACAACAACAACAACCACGAUGGCAAUAAUGAUAAUAAUGACAAUAAUGACAAUAAUGACAAUAAUGACGAGGAUGACGAUGAUACAAGCGCAAACUACAGUAUCUACUCCACUGAAUUUAAUCAAAUUUAUCAAAAUAGUAAAAGUUCAUUUUCUAAUUACGCUUUGGACUCACCAACAUUUUUAAUAGACCAGCAGCAGCAGCAGCAGCAGCAACAACAACUACAAUCGCAGUCUAUGCAAUACUUCCCAACGUUACUGAAACUGUCGCAUGAACAUACACAUUCAAAUUUAAGUGAUUCUGCAGCUAUUCUGUCCUUGGGUGGUAUCACUGGCUCAUCUACUCAACUAUCCACUUUUGGUUCCAAUAGUAAAGUUUCACAAACUAUGUCUGCUUCAUCAACCACUUCUUCAUCAAUACCAACAGAAAAAACUAGUCCUUUGAAACGAUUAAAGAAUUUAAAGAAUGGAAUACGAAAGUUGUCAUUGGGAAGCAGCAGCAACAACAAUAGCAAUAAUGAUGCCAGUGCCAAUGCUUCGUCAUCAUCAACUCCAUCCAAUACCAAACCUGCUACAUUCUCAACCAUUAAUUCAUUCACCGUCAAUCCAUUUCCUUUAAGGCCAAUGUUGAGCCCUUUGCAAACCGACGAUAGAAGCAUACCAGUUACUACUACGAGCACAAACACAAACACAAACACAUCAAGGACAAUAACCCCGCCUGUUAGUACCAAGUCAGUACCACCAUCAAGCCAAAUAACCGAUAGUAUAACUGCACAGUUGCAUCAGUUUCAACAACCACAACAGAGGAAAAGUCAGCAUCAACACAACAACUCAUCCUCAUCAACAUCAACAACUUCUUCGUUGACAUCAAUACUUCGUGCAAAAAGAUCUCGUGCUUGCAGUCAAGGUACCGCAAAUGCAACAUUCACUCCAAUUACACCACCUCCUUUAAUGGCAUCACCAAUCAUUACUUUUAGUGAGAACUUGCAAUCGACAAAGGCAACAUUGAAUAACAUUGAACAAAAUUAUUUUGAUUUUUUAGCUGCUGCACAAUCUCAGACUCAAUCAAGUACUGUUUCAACACCAGCAACGACUGCGAGAUCUACAAGAACAUCAUCAUCAGUGUCCAUGAACAAGUCUAGUUCUUCAGCAGGACCUUCUGUCAAUGGGACUUCUACAAACCAACAGCCACAACAGCAAAAACAAAAGCAACAACAGCCACAGUCGCAAUCGCAAUCGCAAUCGCAAUCGCAACAGGCCCCAUCAUCACAAGUUAACUCCAUCGAGGAAAUGACUAGUGUCGAAGACUUGCUCAAUUACUCAGAUUUCUUGAAUAACCAGAAACAUUCCAUUGAUGAUGUUUUCCAAAAGACUAAAGAGAAACUAAAUGCAUCUGGUUGGUGUUCCCAAUAUGACUUACACAAUUUACAACUACAACAAGAUAGUUCACGUUGUCAAAUUGAUACCUUGAUUUUGAAAAUUGAAGAACGAUUGAAUCGUGACUUCAAUUACUCCAUGUUAAACAAUGACACUAGUGAAACUAGUGGGUAA